GAUCGCUUCGAGGUGCUGGAGGAGGAGACGCACUACCCGUCGACGCACCCCAAGAGCGUCGAGAAGCAGGCGCAGAACCAGCAGCCAGAAGAAGAAGAAUCCAAGGAGGAGGAGACGCUGGAGCAGCAGCUGGAGCGCCUCGUGCUCAGCGUCAAGAAGAAAGACGACAAUGACGACGACGAAGACAAAGACGAAGAAGCAGCAGCAGCAGAAGAAGAAGACGCCGCCAGGGACAAGAGCGACGACGUCAAGAGAGCGUCGGCGGCCAAGGAGCUCGGCAACAAGUUCUUCUCUCGGGGCAGUUUCCUGGACGCCAUCGAGUGCUACACGACAGCGCUGAAGCUCUGCCCCGCGGAGGACGAGUACGCGUAUAAUAGGGCAGUGUACUUUAGCAACCGCGCAGCGUGUCUGCUGCGGCUCGGACGCACGGAGGAGUCGGUGGACGACUGCACGCAGGCCGUGACUCUAUCGCCCACCUAUGUGAAGGCGCUGUUGCGGCGAGCCGAGGCGCUCGAGAAGCUGGACAAGCUGGAGGAGGCGCUGGCCGACUACGACGCCGUGCUCAAGAUCGACCCGACGAUGCGCACGGCGGUGAAGGGCCACGAGCGGCUGCAGAAGAUCGUGCACGAGCGCCAGGAGAAGAUGAAGGCGGAGAUGCUGGACAAGCUGAAGGGCUUCGGCAAUACGAUCCUGGGCAAGUUCGGACUCAGCACCGACAACUUCCAGAUGGUGCAGGACCCCGCCACGGGCUCGUACAGCAUCAACUUCCAGCAGAACCCAGGACAGCAGCAGCGG